AUGCCUUCAUUUGGCCCGUGUCCUGCACGUGACACAUCCGUCCAAAUGAUGUGGUGUUCGUUCAACCGUUAUGACCAAAUUUUCAGUCAGCUAAAAGAUGGGACCAGUGGAUUUCGUUUGGUCAUUGACGUUGUCCAGAAUCACAAAGUAUCGCGUAGAAUGUCUGACAGACUACUUUGCACGUUGCGUCUUGUAGAGUAUGAAGCUGAUUUGAAAAAAACGAAACAAGGGGGUAUCCAGGGUUGGCCACCUUUCUGUUUACGCCACUCUGAAUUGGGCAUGGAAAACAGCACUCUCUUCGGCAAACGAUGGUUCGGCAUACGUAACACAUGUUCUCAACCAACACAGCUUCUGGUGCUGGACAUAUUCUUCAAUGGAAGUACCCGUUGCACAACCAAAAACACGCUUUCUAACUGCCUCGUUAUGGAUUCGCGGACACCAACCCACACGAGCUAUGGUUCUGAGACAACGAUUGUCGAUCACGUGAAGACGUCUCAGUUCCGCUGCUCGAAUAGGUCAAGUCUCACAACCACACAACAAAAUAGCCCAUACUGCAGCUUGAUACACACAUUAGCAAACGCGGCCCGAGCCUUGCAGAUUCGUGCAUUCACCUCAUCUGUCACACUACAAUCAGAACUAAUACAACUUCCAAGACAUGUAAAAUGCUCCACAACCUUCAGUACCUCUCCCUGGAUUGUAAGUGGCGUGUUCAGUGACCGCAUGUCCACGAGCAUGACCUUACACUGUAUGGGUGCAAAGUUCAUACCAAAGGACGGGAUGACUUUGGUCAGUUCCUCCAAAAACACCUGCGCCUUCCCCUCCUCUUUGAAGAUGAGAACGAUAUUGUCUGCCUAUUCCAGAUCGACAAAGUUUUCGUCACGAGAGUUAUUUGAACACCAGGGUUUUGGAGACCGUCCAGCGGCACUGCAUUAUGUACGGAGGCUUUUGGAGACCUGGCCGUAUAACUUCAUAUGUACGAAAGUCUGA